UGAUCUCAUAUAACCAACUUCCAAAAAAGAACGAAAGAAGCAAGCAGCAAAUCAGCCAACCAUGGCUAGUGGUACUGUUGCUAAGUUGGCUGCUGCACUAGUCCCUCUUCUCAUUCUCAUCAUCAAUUCAUCAUCAUCCUUCCAUGUACGUAUUUAAAAGAUUCGUACCUGUGACAUCUAGAUUCAAAAUUAGUGAUAUUAUUAUUAUUAUCACUAGUCCAAGUCCUCUCGUUCGUGCGUAGAUGAUCAUAUAUAUUUGCAUGUUGUAGGUGUUUUGCCUGCAGGCGCAUCGAGAAUGGUUAGUCCCCAUGAGGUGCCGGAGAAUGUCGUCGACGAGAAUGCUCCGUCGACGACGAACUUGACCUUCCUGCCUAUAAGAGGAGGUGUGGUGAUGAUGAACAAUAAGACGGUCCGGGCGGAGGACGACUGCGACGGUCUUUGCACCGACGAGAAAUGUCAGCAGGCUCACCCAGACCUGUGUGGGCCCCAUGAAGAUCCUAACUAUUGCUGGGUGGGUUGCUACUGCACCGGUUAUAAGUACAAUUUUUGUACUUGCUUGUGCACUGCAUAAUAACGUAACUUCACACUCUCAAGGAGUGCGUCGUUGUUGUUGCUGCCGCCUUUGCUCUUCUGUUUGCUCCUUUCCUGGCCGGUUCACGCCCUAAUAACCGCCGGCCAACUUGUAAUUCACUAAUUUGGGUGGGUUGUUUUCUUUUCCGUCGAUAAUCAUUGGUAUGGUAAUUUUUCCCCUUCAUAAAAAUAACAAGUAAUGGAAAUGAUCAAUCUGAUCAUAUCUUCUUAGUAGAUUACUUUUUGUAAUUGGGUACUAUUUAAUAAAUUCAAACAUGAGACCUCCAUAUUCAAAGAUAGUAAUUUUACCACUAGAUCAAACUCUCGUUCGUGAUAUGAAACGUAGAGGAAUGUAAAGGAACGCAGAGAAUGUUUUAACGUGACCAGAGGUAAGAUAGUCUAACGGUAAAGCUGCCGCGCGACAGUGAAGGCUUGGGAGUUACAGAUCCCAGGUUUGAUACAAGCGAGACUCCUUGGUGUUCCCUGAGGUAUGAGGAUGCUGAGGGCGAAACCCCCAUUGGCGUCUAUUUGAAUGCUAAUGGCCCCCAGGUUUAGUAGGCCCCGCUCUCACAAAGUGGUAUGUGGGGCUCAGGUUCCUGAGUAAUAAAAAAUCUUUUAACGUGGUAUCGUUCAUGUGACACUAGUCACGGGAAGGAUCUCACUCUCAAAUUUUUUGUUUUAAUUUCCUUAAUUCUUCUGUACAGUUCGACUACAUAUUUAUAUGGGUUUUGCCUCCAAACCCUAAUGUUAUAGGUGUGACACUUGGAUGGCUAUUUACAAGAUAGUCCCUAUAAUUAACACCCACCUUCAAAUUAAUGUUGAGUUCUUAACGUAAAUUUGAAAGAGAGUUACCAGUAUCUACUUGACACCACUGCCUUCAUUAAUACGUCUGUUGUUUGAUUCUAUGCCCUCAAGUAUUGCAACUGAAUAACACCUUCGAAUGUUAGCUAACGUAUAUAGUGUAUGUGGACUUCAAUAUGUUUCAUCCGAUCAUGUAGAAAUGGAUUCAUCCGAUCAUGUAGAAAUGGAUUCAUGGCUAUCUGCAUCAUGCUCAUGUUGUCUCCACUUAUCACCAUACGUACCUAACACGAUACUCCUAAUUCUUGGAAUAAACGUCGAAGCAAUCAAGCACUAAAAUUGUAAUUAAUUCGAUUGUUUGAAGAAGUCAAGGUGCAAUCAAUUCGAUUUCAACUCAAGUUUCUCAACGGAAAACACUUUUUUUCCAAAAAUUGAAAUAAACAAAUUUCCUCUUCUUUCUCUUUCAUAAAAGUUAAAAACACCAAAAUUUCUCACUUCUUUUAACAUAAUCAAAUUACCAAAUACAUUGUUGAGUAGUUAAAUUAUUCAUUGUUAAUUAUUAAUUAUCAGUAUUGGCAUUUUGCUAAUUUUAUAUUUCAUAAUUUUUUUCAUAAUCUUGUUAAAGAGUUUAAUGUUCAAGUGAAUUUGAUAUCUGAACAUUUUGUAAUCUUAUUAAAAAUACAUAAUUGCAAGUGAAUUUGAGAUUUCGAACUUCAUUUUUACGAAAUGAAAAAUGGCUUUACGUAGGUUUAGAACGAAAGCUUCAUUUUGAAAGACUAUAUAUUAUAUAAUAUAGUAACUAUUUACGUCAAUCGGGUGGGGUCAGUUUGGGUCAACGGGGUUACCGGUUAGUCGGAUUCAGGUGAAUAGGGUUACGGUUUUAAUCGAAUUGUGGGGCAAUCGGGUUGCACGUCAAUCGAGUUAUGGGUUAGUCGGGUUGCGCGUCGGGUUGGUUAUGGGUCAUUUAGUUUUGGUCAAUUUGGGUUGCGAUUGGAUUGCAGGUCGGGUUGAUCGGGUGUGUUACUCGGGUUGAGUUAUAUUUAUAUUUUGACACCUCUGGUAAAGAUGAAUCAUACCAAAGGGAACUCCGACGGUGGACUUAAACUCUUUUGAUCUCCCAGAAAUUUGUUACUGCUUGUGUUGUAUCAGCCAAUCGGUCAAUUCAUUUCCGAAUCUUUUCUAAACAUAUAGUUAAAAAAAAAUAGAAUGAAGAAAAGCUAGUUUAUUGUUUUUUAGUGUUUAGAUGAUUUAAGGGGUGUUGACAACAUAUGAGUUGUUUGAUUUUUGCCGGAUUUAUUCCUAGGAGAAAAAACAGCGCCAUUGUAUUUGGUUUUGGUCGAUCACGAAGAAGCCAAGGAAAAUAGAAAGAAACAAGAGGUGCGAUG